AUGUCCAUCGACGAAGCUUUCCUGCCUUGGGCUGAGGGCAAAGGCGUCAAGUUGAAAGGCAUUGAACCUCGAAUUCUCCCUGGUAGAGGUAUUGGUGUUGUCGCAGCUCGCGACAUUAGAGAAAAUGAGGCCAUCUUGACUGUCCCAUUGAAAGCCCUUCGAACCAUAGACACUGUGCCAAAGCACAUAUCCGAGGCUCUGCACGGCGUCUCAGUCCACGGCAUCUUGGCUGCUGAAAUUGCUCUCGACAAGAGCGAUGACUUUGCCGUGUGGAAGACGGUCCUCCCAACUAAGGAGGACCUAGAAUCUGGCAUGCCGAUGAUGUGGCCGAGUGAGCUACAGCUGCUGCUCCCAAGGCGAGCAAAGAAUCUCCUGGACAAACAGACUGCUACUUUUCGACGCGAGUGUGAAAUUGUCCUGAACGCUUUUCCGAAUUUAACUCGAGAUGACUAUCUAUACGCUUGGGUGCUCAUCAACACCAGAACCUUCUACAACAGCAUGCCCAAGAUGAAAGCAUACGCCCAGGCUGAUCGGUUAGUCUGUAUGCCAGCCGCCGACCUUUUCAACCACGCAGACCAGGGUUGUCAACUUUCCUUCUCGCCUUUGGGGUACACCAUCAAAGCGGACCGUGUCUAUCGUCAAGGUGAGGAGGUGUAUGUGUCUUAUGGGCCCCAUUCGAACGACUUCCUCCUUACCGAGUACGGCUUCAUCCUUGGUACAAAUCGCUGGGAUGAAGUCUAUCUCGAUGACGUGAUACUUCCGCUACUAAACAAGGCUCAGCGUGCAGAGCUUUCGAGUAUCGACUUCCUGGGUAGAUUCACCCUUGACGACCAGACACUCGGCUGCCACCGCACUCAGGUGGCUCUGCGGAUGCUCUGCUGCACCCCCGGGCAAUGGCAGAGGUUCUUUGAUGCCGUGGAUGAUGGGCAUGCGUCGCAAGAUGAGGUGAAUGAGCUGUUGCUGAUGGCGCUUAAGGAUUUUCUGGGGAUAAUUGCGAAAACCAUGGACGAAAUAGACGAAACAGAGGAAGGCUUGGGAAACCAGCGAGAACUACUGCGCCAAAGAUGGCAACAGAUUCAAGCCAUGGUGACAAAGACAAUAGAGACGCUUGAAUGA